CCGCCAGUGCACCAAUAAUGGCUUUCCCGUGCUCCGUGCCCCCAAUAUAUACCCGCCCUCCCGCAUCGCACCGCUGCACCAAACUCACCCACCUUCGCCCAUUUCUGAAGCUCAAGCGCGAGCCUGCCACAAGGAGCAUCUCUCCCCAGCCAUAUAGCGAUACCAUGGCGGCAUCGGUGACCUGCGCCUUCUUCUUCGACGCCGAGCUGCUCGCCGAGCCCGGCAUGCCGGCGAUGGACGCGUGCGCGCUCUGCGCCAAGCCGCUGGCGCGCGACAGCGACGUCUUCAUGUACAGAGGGGACACGCCCUUCUGCAGCGAGGAGUGCCGGCACGAGCAGAUGCACCUCGACGCCGUGGGCGCCAGGCAGGCCGCCCGGCGGCUGCAGAGGUUCACGGCGGAGGCGGAGUGCCACCGUGGGCAGAGGCACUCCAGGAAGGUGUCCAUCGCGAGCUAGCCGGCCGGCCGCGGAAAGUAUUGUUUCGAUCCACAAGAUCUGAAUUCUGAAGAAAACAGCAGCUGUAUUUUGAAUGUCUCUGUCCCUCCGGCCGGUGCUCUUGCUGAACCAGAGGAGGCAUCAGAUGCACCUUGGCGCUGCCUACGGAAGGCCGGGCAGGGCGGCAUCAGGCGGCACGAAGCAUAUGUGCCUGUAGAUUUCCCUCACGUUUCCAUGGCAAGCUAAUUAAGCUGCCCGGAUGGGAUGAAAUUGUACUUGUUCUCGGUCGGUGUGUGCUGUGCAGAUGAAUUAUUUGAUUAGAAAUGAAAACAAAAAAGUAAACACCAUGGAUC